CCAACGGAACAUCUUCACUAGCUGACAUCUACCUGGAUACUAAAUUUGGCGCACUAAACAAUGCAUAAGGGUAGAAUGAAGAAGGAAUCCUACACGUUCUAAUCUCUAUAAUUUGGGUGCAAAAAAACAGCUUUUGAUGUGGUUUCAUGCAUAUAUAGCCUCCCUAAUGUUUAGUAUUUGUUAUAAACUCUUAUGUUGUUUAGACGUCAAAAUUAUUCAAUAUUUAAUUCUUCCUUUGUUCCUUUCACUUAUAUAUAACAACGCACUCUCACAUGUGAGAUUUUAUUUCAUACACCUUUAAUUUUAUGCUUUUCUCCCAUUGUCAUAAUCACAACCAUAAUAAUGCCAACAAAAAUGGAAAAUUUCUCCACAAAUAUUAUCAAUAUCGGAGUUCAAAAAGACGGUUCUUAUUCUGAUUCCCCUAACUUUUCGGUUAAGGUUCAACGAGGUUUACCCAACUUUCUCACGUCAGUGAACCUCCAAUAUGUCAAACUUGGCUACCAUAUUCUUAUUAGCCAUGGCUUGUAUAUUGUUAUAGCCCCAUUUUUGGCUCUUAUUGGUUUUGCCCAACUAGGCAAACUCGUAUGGGAUGACUUUGAUCUUCACCUAGAUUUUUCAAGUGUCCUUCUAAUUCUUGGACUUCUAUGUUUGAUUGCUUAUAUCUAUGUUGAUUUUCUCCUUCCAAGACCUACCUACUUAGUUGAUUUCGCUUGCUAUUCUCCACCAAAAGAGCUUAAGGUAUCAAAGCAGGAUUUCAUAAACUUGGCAAGAAAAUCAGGCAAAUACGAUGAAAAAACAAUAGAAUUCCAAGCAAAAGCCCUAAAACAUUCAGGCAUAGGUGAUGAAACAUAUCUACCAAAAACAAUAUUCCAACCUGGAUUCGAGAAAUCGCUCAAAGAAUCAAGAGAAGAAGCAUCAAUGGUGAUAUUCGGAGUUGUCGAUAAUCUCUUAGCUUCAUCAAAAAUAAACCCAAAAGACAUAUCCAUCUUGAUUGUAAAUUGUUCGGCACUUAACACAACACCAUCACUUUCUGCCAUGGUUAUAAACCGUUACAAGCUUAAGAACAAUGUACAGAGUUUCAAUCUUGGUGGAAUGGGUUGUGGUGCUGGUACUGUAGCCAUUGAUUUGGCUCGAGAUCUGUUGCGUAAUUAUGGGAGAUCGUAUGCGCUGGUAGUUAGUACUGAGAUUAUUUGCCAUUCUUGGUAUACUGGAAAAGAUGUUGAUAUGUUGUUGCCGAAUUGUUUUCUUAGAAUGGGAGGUGCUGCUAUGCUUCUUACUAAUCGUCGGAUUGAUCGUUGGAGGGCCAAAUAUGAGUUGAAACAGAUAGUUCGAACCCACAAGGGGACGGACAAUAGAAGCUUCAAAAGUGUAUACCUUAAAGAAGAUUCCGAAGGAAAGUUAGGCUUCUCAGUGAGCAAAGAUGUGUUAGAAUUGGGAGGACAAGCCGUAAAGACUAAUAUCACCACACUUGGGCCAUUAGUCCUUCCAUUUUCUGAACAACUUAAAUUUUUUGCAACUUUACUACUAAACAAUAACUCAUCAACCCCUUACAUUCCUAACUACAAGAAGGCGUUCAAUCAUUUUUGCAUCUUAGCAAUGAACAAAAGAGUGCUCGAUGAAUUCGGGAACAACUUAGAGCUCACAAACGAACAUAUGGAGGCAUCAAGGAAAACAUUGGAGAAAUUUGGUAACACAUCUUGUAGUAGUGUUUGGUAUGAGUUAGCUUACUUGGAAGCUAAUAACAAAAUUAAACGAGGUGAUAGGAUUUGGCAAAUAACUUUCGGAUCAGGUAUUAAGUGUAACAGUGCAGUUUGGAGGGCUCUUAGGGACACUGCAUGUCCUAAGAAGAGUCCUUGGUUUGAGUAUGAGGACUCCAUAUGAUCAUAGAUAUGGUAUAUAUGCUUUGCUUUGUGUUUUCCAUACACAUUUUUAUUGUGUACAUUGUAUUAUUAUUAUGAUCAUAGAUAUGGUAUACAUUGUAUUGCAUCCAUAAGGAUAAAUAAAGCUUAUUAUGUUUAAA